AUGAAGGAGUACAUGUACCCAACUAGAGCAAGCCAGCCCUCUUGCAUCAUUCUACCAGCUGAUGAUGGCCAGUUUGAACUGAAAGCAAGCACAAUUCAUAUGUUACCUGUAUUCAGAGGGGCUGAUGCUGAAAACCCUUACCACCAUGUAAGAGAUUUUGAAGAUAUCUGUGGGACUCUGCAUUUCGACCAAAUGCCGGAAGAGUCCCUCAAACUGAGACUGUUUUCUUUCUCCUUAAAAGAGAAAGCCAAGUCUUGGAUGAAUGCACUACAACCACAUUCCAUUGGAACAUGGGAAGAGCUAACGAAAGAAUUUUUCAAAAAGUUUUUUCCAAACCAUAAGACCGUGGCAAUUCGUCAAAGUCUAGAUGUCAGUACCCGAUCCACAGUUGAGUCAAUGUACAAUGGUGCAUUUAUUGAUAAAAGCUCUAAAGAGGCUUGGAAUUUCUUAUUCGAAGUUGCUGAAAAAUCUCAACAGUGGGAGUCCAUUCGUGAACCUAGCAAGACUACCCAUGUAGCUAAAGUCCAUAGAAUUGAGUCUGACUUCGAGGGAAAUGCAAAAAUUGCGUCAUUGGCUAGGAAAGUAGAAGCAAUAACGCUAGAGCCGCGGAAUGUGAAAAUUACUGCCCCUACUCUCCAUGAACAAUUUGAGACAGCCCAUUGUGCAGCAUAUCACGGUUCAGACCACUUAGUGGAUAGUUGUCCAGACCUGCAAGCAUUUCAAGAGUCUAAAACCGAGCAAGCCAAUGCUCUAUAUCAUAAGCAAGAGAACAACCCUUAUUCUCAGACCUACAACUCAGGAUGGAGGAAUCACCCUAACUUUUCAUGGUCUAAAGGGCAUGUACAAGGAGGUGCAACUAGUAAUAACCAAGGAUAUUCAUAUCCCAGAAACUCUCAAGUACAACUACACAUACAAUACCCUAUAGAGAACAUGCCUAGCUUUAAUGAUGGUGUAAAUCAAAUGAAUCACAAUCUUUUGCAAUACCAGAAGUUAAAUGACCAGAGGUUUGCGAGUUUAGAACUCAAAUUGGGCCAAAUAUGCGAUGCACUAAAUGAAGGAGAAAAAGGUGAGCCACAGUCGAGCGAGUCUAAAUCAGACUCACCAGUGCAUAUAACUCCACAGACAACAUCUAGUGUAGAGAAGGAAUCUGAGCAUGAUACUGACUCUAAGAAUUCCACUGAUGUCAAUGUUCCUUUACCAUCUUAUGUGCAUGUUGCUCCAUUCCCACAAAGAUUGGUGCAACAAAAAGGGAGUCACCAGUACAACGAGAUGUUGGAAAUGUUUAAGCAAGUCAAUAUAAAUAUCCCUUUUCUCGAAGAAAUCAAACAAAUACCUGCCUAUGCUAAAUUCUUGAAAAAUCUAUGCACACAAAAAGGGAAACAUCAUGUGCACAAGUGUGCCUUUCUUACUGAGCAAUUAGGUCUUGGAGAGCUGAAACCCACUCCUGUUACGCUGCAAUUAGCGAAAAGAUCUAUAUAA